UGUAUUACAAACAUAGCUGGUACCGGGUGAAUUAUUCAAGCACAACAGUAUUGUGACCGAAUAACGUUAGCCAGACGCGAACUGUCAAUAGACCGUUGAUCAAAGAAAUUCCGAAAUUUUAGGGGUAGUCAGACGGCUAUGUGCUUGUUGGAGUGGCUAACUCACAAUUAAGAACAAUUACGAUUCACAUUUGAAAAACAAAAAAAGAAAACAAUAGUUGUGUUAGAAAUACCAGACGCUUACAUGGUGUUACAUUGGCUUUCACAAAAUUCAGGUUUUAUUUGUGGAACAAAUCGUCCUAAAUCAAGACUUUCACUAGAUUAGAACACUGUUUCGUCAUUCUGCUGGUGGUGCUGACCCUUGAUACAUAAAACCGGCAACACGGUACAGCGGCUGAUCUCAUAGCGCAUGCGUGUCCAUGCUUUGCAUACCAGCGCAAUGUCUGCAUGCUAGUCGAUGUCUUGUGACAAGUCACCUUAUGAAGAUAAUCAAUCAGUAAACCAGCUACUUGGUGAAACAGCAAGAUGUUAGUUACAAGCUGACAUUCUACUAGUCCUGGAUAUUCACUACACAGCGGUAUUUUGCAAGGCGCAUGCUCUGUCCAACACAAGAGCAUAGCAAAGGCGAUUCGGUGCUCACCCGACAUAUCGCCAUCAUUGAAUGUGUCCCAAAAUUCCAUUGCUCAGCGGUCAUCUUUCACGCGCAUGCUCUGUCAUGCUACCUAACCUGGGUCUGGGUUGGGUCUGCCUUCUAUUUGUAGUGCUUACACUCGGCAGCAUGUUGACGUCAUACAUUGUAGCUUUCAUCCAUGGUCACGUGUACCCGUUCAUGCCUGCCGUUAGCGAUACAGGCGUGCUGUCACCCGAGAAGUACAUUUUCCGGGAGCUGAAUAAUUUGGCUUCAUUUCUAUUCAUUGCGACUUGCUUCGUGCGGUAUAUGCAAUAUCAAAUAGUGGCAGAGCAGUGUAGAGAAGAGAGCGUCAAGUUAUCGCGUUUGAACAAGUUGACUUUUGGUAUAGGGACAUUGUCUGGUGUGUCUAUGACAUUUGUGGCCAAUUUUGAGAUUCAAAAGACUGUCUCCUUUCACGAUGUUGGCGCGGUCAGCGGUUUCUCAGGAGCUCUCGUCUACUGCUGGCUCCAGACACUCAUGUCCUACAGGCUACGCGACCACGGUGUCAUCAACAGUACAGCGGUCUGCCACACUAGGACCAUGCUCUCAACAAUUAUGACCUUGACAUUUAUAAUAUUUCUUGGAUUCCAAGCAAAGUCACAUUGGGACUGGGACCGAGUGCGUCCUAAUUAUCAUUUUCUCGCCAAGCUGCAUUGGGGACCUGAAGAUCCCGGAUAUGUCAGUCACGUGAUUAGUAAUUUGUCAGAGUGGUCCUAUUCCGCGGCGUUUUUGCUUUUUGUUUUGACUUUUUUGACGGAAUUUAAAUCAAUAAGAAUAACUUCUGAUAUCUCGUCGUCCGAGUGUUGGGCGUAAAGUCGGAGUGUUAGGCGAUAAGCACGCUAUGCAAAUUAGAUCGCACUUGUCUAUCUACCUAUCCUCUUUGCGCUCAGUUGCGCAUAAGACCUUAAUACUUCCCCUCCAUUUGCGCCAAUCUCGAGCUACCACCCUUGCCUCCUCCCAAGAGUUCCAUCCUGCCUCUGCUCUCUCCUUUUCAACCGACCGCCCCCAAGUUGUCUUAGGUCUUCCUACUUUUCUUUUCCCGUCGGGCUGCCAUGUAAGUGCAGUGCAGUUCUGAAUUAGUUUUUUUAUGCGGGAAAGUAUGACCUGGCACUCUUUCAACCUCUUCCCCUACAUGAAGUACUGACCCUUGGGUAUUACAUGGCGUAUAGGACCUUUUAUGCGUUCCAGAUUGCACCAAAAGACGUUCGAAAUAACCAUGUCCGUCAGUUGCUGCGAUCCAGGGGGGCAGUGAUCCAGGGGAAGGCAGGAAUUGCACCCGUUAGGGUGGAUUAUUAGAAGAAAUGUAUGGGAGCUAAAUUGUACAAAUUCUAUUUUACAAAUUCUUUUAAAUUCUACAAAUUCUAUUUUAUUUAUUGGCGCCAUCCGGUCACUGAAGUAUGAAUGACCAAUAAUUCGGGACUUUGGGAAGAAGGUUGAAAUAAUUGUGGCUUGAAAUAUAUGAGAUGUUCUUAAACUUAUGCAGAUGGCCAUUUGCUACAAAAAAAUUAUUACGUUAAAAUGUCACUCUCUAAAUAAAGUUUCAUUCAAUCUGACAAA